CCGCUGCUGACAUAAACACGAACCCCGUCGCUGACAUUUUCUCUUCUUCUCUGCGCUCUUCUCGGCCCUUCGCAUCUUCACCGGUUUUGCUGCUCUAAUACCAACCCCCGCAAUGUCAUAUCCCAACCCGAACGAAGCAUUCCAGCGCUUCACACGCGCGCUGCAGCAGCAGGCCUCGCGCACCGGCGGCAGCGGCGGCGGUCGCGGGGGUCCCGUCCGCGGCGGUGGAGUGAUCGGCCUCGCCGUCGUCUCUGUUCUCGGAUCGUGGGCGCUCUCGAACUCGCUCUUCAACGUCGACGGAGGCCAUCGCGCAAUCAAGUACACGCGACUCAGCGGCGUGCGUCCGGAGAUCUACCCUGAGGGCACCCACUUCAACAUCCCCUGGUUCGAGACCCCGAUCACCUACGACGUCCGCGCCCGGCCUCGCAACGUCGCCUCGCUGACCGGCACGAAGGAUCUCCAGAUGGUGAACAUCACCUGCAGAGUGCUCUCCCGGCCCAAGGUCGAAGCCCUCCCGACAAUCUACCGCACCCUCGGCGCCGACUACGACGAGCGCAUCCUGCCCUCGAUCGUCAACGAGGUCCUCAAGUCCGUCGUCGCCCAGUUCAACGCUUCCCAGCUCAUCACCCAGCGCGAGGCCGUCUCCCGCCUCGUGCGCGAGAACCUCGUCAAGCGCGCGUACAAGUUCAACAUCCUCCUCGACGACGUCUCGCUCACCCACAUGACGUUCUCGCCAGAGUUCACCGCCGCCGUCGAGAGCAAACAGAUUGCCCAGCAAGACGCCCAGCGCGCGGCAUUCAUCGUCGACCGCGCUCGCCAGGAGAAGCAGGGAACCAUCGUCCGCGCCCAGGGUGAGGCCAAGUCGGCUGAGCUCAUCGGUGAGGCGAUCAAGAAGAGCAAGGAUUACGUCGAACUCAAGCGGAUCGACACCGCGCGUGAGAUCGCUUCGAUCGUGGGCCAGUCUGGAAACAGAAUGGUGCUCGACAGCAACUCCUUGCUCAUGAACGUCACCGCCGACUCUCGAUUGGAUGGAAAGAAGAAGUAGUCUUACUCAAUCUCUCUACUAUCUGAAAUUAUAUGAAAAAAAUAAGCAGGGUGGUUUUCGGAUUUAGUGUCGGUUAAAUCUCUUAUGAUCUGUAUAUAUUCGCACAACAAGCUUAUCUAUUGAUGGUUCUCAAUAUAAUAAGA